UGUUCACAUUCAUUGUUACAAGGAAUUAGUAUUUGAGAGUGUAUUUCAGACAAAUUUAGCGUAUUCCACGUAUUUGCUGCUAUAAAUGAAAUUAUAGCGACGAAAGAUUUAAAUAUGACUGACUUUGCAAAAUCUCAGCUUAUGAAAUAUGGAUGGACAGAAGGUAAAGGUUUAGGUAAAAAUGAAAGCGGUAUCACACAAGCAUUGAAACCAAAAUUGAAAUUUGAUACAGUGGGAAUAGGACAUACAGAUAAGCAUUCGAAAGAAUGGUGGGAGAUUGGUUUUAAUAAUGCAGCUAAUAAUAUUGUAGUGGAAUCACAAGCACAUGGUGUUCUUAUAUUUGCUUCAAAGGAUAGUACCAGUGAAAAUUCUAAGAAUGAUUUGAAAUGUAAAUAUGUUGGAGACUAUAAAAGUUUUCUUAAAACUUCAACACUUCUUGAUGGCAACUUAAUAAAAGAAGAGAAUUCAAAUGUACUUGAAGUAAACAAAAUUGAAAAGGAUAUAACGCAUAUUUCUUUAACAGAUGAAGAAUUAUUUAAAGCAUGUGGGGGUAGAACUGCUCAUAAAGGAGCUAGGCAUGGUCUAACAUUGAAUGGAAAAUUGAAAAGAAUAGCACAACAAGAAGAACAUUUAUUAGGCACAAAUAUACGUAUAAAUAUGUCAGAUGAAUUACAAAAACAUAGUAGUAAAUUUGAAAAGAAUAAUUUUGUAAUAGAUAAUAAUGAAAAUACAGUGUCACCUACUUCUAGUUUUCCUUCUGAAGAACAAAGUAUUUCAAAGGUGUCAAAGAGUACAAAGAAGAAAAACAAAAGACGAAUAAAUGACUUAAACCAUCAGUUAAAUAUUUUAUGCAAUAUAAGUGAUGAUAAUGAAAGAAAUAAAAAUAAUUCUUCGGAUGAUACCAGAGCUAGUAAGAUCUCAAAAUUGAAAAGAAAAAAAAAGAAAAGAAAGUAUGUAAUGUCUGAUGAUAUUCAAACUGUUAAAAUAGAGCAAGGAGAUAAGAAAUUUGAUGAUGUAUCAUUUCCUGUAAGUCAAAAACUAGAUAAAGAGAUGAUCAUGAAUGAGACUCCAGAACAAAUAAAUGAACAUUGUCUAAAAGAAUCUGAUGAUAAGUCUACCCACAAAAAAGUAAGAAAAAAAUCGAAAAAAAAAAUAGAUCAAGAUUACAAGGAUAAAGACAUAAUUAAUACACCUACAGACCUAAUACUGGACUGCUCUCAGGGAAAGAAAUUUAAAAAGACACAUAAAGAAGAUUUAAAUAUACAACACUCUGCUGAAGAUGAAGACAUUAAUAUGUACCAAUCUGAAUUACAAUCAGAACCAUCUUCACUCCUAUAUUUAAAGUCUCCUGAUACAUAUUUUAAAAAGGAGGCAGACAAACUUAAUGCUAGAAUAUCAAAGAAGAAAAAGGCAAAACUUCUGAAAAAAGAAAGAAAAAAAUUAGAUACAAUAACAGCAAAUUUAGAGGCUGUUUCUUUUAAUUCUGAGGAACUUACUAAAAAAAAUUAUAGUAAAAACAAAUUAGAUAUAAUAGUACAAAAAAUUGUAGAAACUAAUAUUGCAAAAGAUAAAACUAAGUCUUUAAAAAAAAUUAAUAAAAUAAAAAAUCAUACCUAAAUAUGUUACUAUAUACAAUAAUUACCUUAUUGAAUAUACAAAAUAUAUUGUAUAUAUUUGUAUUUUCCAGAUGUAUGAUUCAUAUUUUUAUUUAAAUAUAUCAUUAAUUGAAA